GUGGGCAAAGGUUCGGCGCGCGACCCUGGAGCGCGCCAACGCUGGCCCUGCCUGAGUCCGAGGCGGCCCUGCGCGCGGCCCUCUUCCCGCACCGCUACUCCGUACCCCGCUGGUCGGGCAUGGGUCCGCGCUUCUCACCGGGGCCCCGGGCCCGGGCCGGGCUUCUGCCGCUGUCUCUGCCGCUGUUGCUGCUGCUGCUGCUUGGGCUGCUGGCCCCAGGCGCGCAGGGGGCGCGGGGCCGUGGCGGCACGGAGAAGAACAGCUAUCGCCGCACGGUCAACACCUUCUCGCAGAGCGUCAGCAGCCUGUUCGGAGAGGACAACGUGCGCGCCGCUCAGAAGUUCUUGACCAGGCUGACUGAGAGGUUCGUACUGGGAGUGGACAUGUUCAUGGAGACAUUGUGGAAAGUUUGGACAGAGCUCUUGGAUGUUCUUGGACUUGAUGUCUCCAACCUGUCACAGUAUUUCAGCCCAGCCUCAGUAGCCAACAGCCCGGCCCGUGCCCUCCUGUUGGUCGGCGUUGUCCUGCUGGCUUACUGGUUCUUGUCGCUGACUCUAGGCUUCACCUUUAGCAUCCUACACUUGGUGUUUGGCCGCUUCUUCUGGAUUGUGCGGGUCGUCCUGUUUUCCAUGUCCUGCGUGUACAUCCUGCACAAGUACGAGGGGGAGCCCGAGAACGCUGUGCUGCCCCUAUGCUUCGUGGUGGCCGUCUACUUCAUGACCGGGCCCAUGGGCUUCUACUGGCGCAGCAACCCCAGCAACCCUAAUGUGGAGGAGAAGCUGGAACACCUGGAAAACCAGGUUAGACUGCUCAACAUCCGUCUCAACAGGGUGCUAGAGAGCCUGGACCGCUCCAAAGACAAGUGACGGUUAGCCAACCGGCAGGGCCCACCUUUACCAGUGUGCUCUCCCGGAAGACAACAGAAGAAGAGAAAACAAACAAACAAAAAAGCAAAAGCAAAACCACCAAAUCCCAAACAAUCUUAAUAAACAUUACUGAGCAAGAAA